AUGCGUGUUCCCGUAGAUCCCAGCACCAGCCGGAGGUGCCCCCCUUCCAGCAGCCUCCCGCCCGGCAAGAUGAGCGAAGUCAGCCCGGCGGUCUCCCAGCAGCAGCAGCAGCAGCACUCCCACCCGCAGCAUCCGCACCCACCCCCACAGCAGCAACAUCCGCACCCAGAGGCGGCCUCGGCGCCCGGGGCCCCUCCGCGGCAGCUCCGCCCGCACGACAACCGGAGCAUGGUGGAGAUCAUCGCCGACCACGCGGAGCUGGUCCGCACCGACAGCCCCAACUUCCUCUGCUCCGUGCUGCCCUCCACUGCGCUGCUGCAACAAGCCCUCCCCGUCGCCUUCAAGGUGGUUGCUUUAGGAGAAGUUCCUGAUGGGACUGUGGUGACAGUCAUGGCUGGAAAUGAUGAAAACUAUUCUGCAGAGCUGAGGAAUGCCUCUGCUGUAAUGAAGAAUCAAGUGGCACGGUUUAAUGACCUGAGAUUUGUGGGCAGAAGUGGAAGAGGAAAGAGCUUUACCUUGACAAUCACAGUCCUUACAAAUCCCCCUCAAGUUGCUACAUACCACAGAGCUAUAAAGGUGACAGUAGAUGGACCAAGAGAACCAAGGAGGCACAGACAGAAGCUUGAUGACUCUAAACCUAGUUUGUUCUCUGAGCGUCUCAGUGAUUUAGGGCGCAUCCCUCAUCCCAGUAUGAGAGUAGGGGUCCCGACUCAGAACCCACGGCCCCCUCUGAACACUGCACCAAGCCCUUUUAAUCCACAAGGACAGAGUCAGAUUACAGACCCCAGACAAGCACAGUCAUCCCCUCCAUGGUCCUAUGACCAGUCUUACCCAUCAUACUUGAGCCAGAUGACUUCGCCAUCCAUUCAUUCCACAACUCCCCUGUCCUCCACACGAGGCACAGGGCUUCCUGCCAUCACCGAUGUACCCAGGCGCCUCUCAGGUGCUUCAGAGCUGGGCCCAUUUUCAGAUCCCAGGCAGUUUACAAGCAUUUCAUCUCUCACUGAGAGCCGCUUCUCCAACCCACGAAUGCACUAUCCAGCCACCUUUACUUAUACACCGCCAGUCACCUCAGGCAUGUCAUUGGGUAUGUCAGCCACCACUCAUUACCACACGUACUUACCACCACCAUACCCAGGCUCUUCCCAAAACCAAAGUGGACCAUUCCAGACCAGCAGCACUCCAUAUCUCUACUAUGGCACAUCAUCAGGAUCAUAUCAGUUCCCCAUGGUGCCAGGGGGAGACCGCUCCCCAACCAGAAUGCUUCCUCCCUGUACCACCACCUCCAACGGCAGCACAUUAUUAAAUCCUAAUUUGCCUAACCAGAAUGAUGGUGUGGAGGCUGAUGGAAGCCACAGCAGCUCCCCAACCGUCUUGAAUUCUAGCGGCAGAAUGGAUGAGUCUGUGUGGAGGCCAUACUGAAUUUUUCUCUCUCCGUGGGCUAAAGUCUGUGAGCCAAACCAAACAAACAACUGUCAGCUAAUUAUAAAGUGCCUGUUUUGGGUUAUUUUAUUUCUGUUUAAACUGAUUCUGUUGAUAUGUGUACCUAAGCAGCUGGUAUGUUAACAUCUAAUAAUAUACGUACAACAUGAUAAUGACUUUCCAUAUCAUAGUUACAGUGAAUCAAAGCACAUUUUAUUGUUCUCUUGGGAAUACCUAUGUGGGUUUAUAGGAUCCAAUGCAUAAAGAUGCCCAUUCUAUCUUGCCUUGUAAAAAAAGUUAGGAAGUUGUUUUGCCAAGCAAGGAGAAAUGGACUUCUGUCACUUAUCAAGAGAAAGCCUUUGCUUUAAUUGCUGUUCAAAAUAACAGUUUAAAAAACACAGUACAGUACCUUGAAUUUCAGGUACAGUUGCAACCAUAUAAUAUACAGUACCCCUAUACAGGCACUGUGCAAUUCACUGUAUGUGUUUGUGCACAAAGGGGGGGGGGCUUCUAUUUAUAUCAUAGUAUCACUACCUUACAGUAACGUUUCAAUCAUCUUAUCCAUGCCUUGCAAAAAGAUAGAUGUUUUAAGGUGCAUGGCUUAUUUUGUGCUGAAAGAGCAUCCUAUAAGGUACUAAGACAGACUUGUUUGUUAUGUCUUCUGCAUUUAUGUAAUUUUUGGUUUAGUUGAGUUUUUUAAAAAGUGGUUUUAGGGGAACCCUUAAAAUUAAAAUGAAAUCUAAUUCCCUAUGCAAGGGCAGAAGAUAAUGGCAAUAUAUCUUACUAAAACCAAAACAUUAUCAGUAGUCUGUGUAUUUGGCUAACUUGUUUUAUUUUAUUAAGUUAUAAAUAUGUAAAAAUUGAGGUUAUGUGCAAAAAAAAUGAAUUGUCCUAUAGUUUUAAUGAAAUAUUUAUAAUUAUUUAAUGAUCUUUGGUCCCUUUAAAGUUUUCUUAAUGUAAUGAUGUGCUGACUUCGGUCUCUAAAAAUGUCUUGUUGUUUUUAAAUAGUGGCAGCCUUUCAGUGGUACAGAAUCUCAAAGCUGUACCUGAACGCUGAAAAACAGUUCUAGUAUAAACCAGAUGUAAUGUGAUUUUAAAAAAAGAAAAAAGAAAGUGCUUCCAUCUCAUAAAAUAUAGCAAUUGUUUUAAUUUGUGAAGGAUAUGCUGUUUAAAUGUUACUGGAUAUUUGGUUUCCUAUGACUUUUUAUUCUGUUUUAAAAAAACAAACUGGAAAGACAAACCAAAUGAAGGAAAAACAUUUGGGUAGCUCCCUAGAUUUUAACAGGUGGAUUCCAUGCUCAGUGUUCUGCUUUCACAGAGAUGGAAGUUCAUCUUUGCCCAUGCAAUGGUGCCAUCUGCAUACCUCAAACUCUGUCACUCAAAUGUAUGUGUAGAGGCUCUGGAAGGGUAUCUUGCCAAGCAAAAGGAAAUAUCCUCACAAAAGUACAUUUUUCUCACAUGCUAAUGUAUGUAGAUAUUUUCUGAUGCAAUUUAGAACUGUAAAUGUCAAUCAACAUUUGGAAACACCCUUGCAAUGCCAAAGAAAAAAGGUUAGGAACUUUAGGGAAUAUACCUUAAAAAAAAACAUCAGGUUUAAAAUCGAAAUACCAAUAAAUUCUUUCCAGAACAUUCAUUAUAUUGAUCUUAUAGGUCUUAUCUAGUAUUAAAUGCUGGAGUAAUGAUGCUUCCUGACUAUGUUUUAAACUAGCCUUUUAAAAAAAAUUAGCCAUUGUGUUAAAAUGAAACAACUAUUUGUUAACUGCUGCAGUGUAAUUUACAUUACAGAGGUACACAUUCAUUAACAAUUGCCACAUACCUAAUUCCUAAUUGGGAGGCAUUAAUUCACCUGGGACUCUCCAUCCAUCCCUUUCAAACGAUAUCUUGCCAUGAUGACAAGUAGAAUUAACUGCUUGUCAAUCAUCUGAGAUCCAAAGCAUUCUUCCUUAGCCUUCAGUGAGUUUAUUUGGCACCGUAGCCUGAAACCCAGCAACCUGUUGCUUCUGUUCAAUAGAAUAUACACAGCUUUACCAUAUAUACUUCACUAUAAAUCAACCCAUAUAUACAUUGAGGGCAGGUUUGAGGGUCAAAAGUGUGGAUUUUGAUAUGACUCAUGGAUAAAUCAAGGGUAAAACUUAGGGUCAUAUAACAAAAGAACUAAAGGAUGAAGCAGAAGAAAACAAUGCCAAAAAACUUACACAAUUCCAGGAAGUAUAACUGUUUGUGCUUAGACUAAAACCUGGAUGGAUGAGGGUAUACAGUAAUUUAAGCAAAAUGUGGGGCCAUGGACAAAACCAGAGCCUUCUAGAAGGAAGUACCAGCUUCUCAAUCAUCCUACUAUAUCUCUUUGUCUACCAUGUUCUCUUUGUUCUGUUUUUCACCUCAACUCCAUGCAGCUAAUAUUUUCUUUGGAAUGUAAUGCUGUUGGAACUAAUGAUGUCCAUUUUGGCCACCCUGACAAGAAGAAAUGGUGAAAUACUUACAUAACAUACUUGGACGGUGUCAGUCCCAUCGUCCCUUGAUUACUAAGUCAGCCCACCAGAAAAGAUCCCAGAUUCCCAUGGAUCAUUCCUCAUAUUUUAAUAAUGUGCUGUUUAGGAAGAGUCUUUGCCUUCUAAAGGUUGUCUGUUGAUUCCUUUUUUGAAAAUAAGAGACACUUUCUGAUGUGUAGUUUUCCUUCAAAGAUGGAAGCUGUUACUGAUCCUAUUUAUUGUUUGUGGUAGCUUGAAGCAUACCUUUGUCCAUUUAUUUGUCUCUGUAAGAAAAGUUUGUUCAUUUCAGCAGCACUUAAAAGAGCCAGUGUCUGGUUACACAUUUCAAGUUUUGUUGGAUUUUGUUUGCUGUUUUUUUUAAGCAAGAGGGAAAAAAAGGAAAUGAACUGUCAGUCCAAAAGCUGUUGUGUAUUUAAUAAAAGGUACUAUAUUUGUACAUUAUUUUUAUUGCUGAGAAGGGCUUUUAAAAGAUAUACUAUAUGCAUCUUAAGCAAUUUUGUAGGGAUAUUUUUGUUUUGUAACAGGGGCUGCAGGCAGCACUUCAAAUACAUUUUAAAAGCAAGCAAGCAAACAAGCAACAUGUUCUUGUACAGUUCAAGUACAACUUUAUAUUUCUGGAUAUAAUCCAGCAUAGGCCAUUUUUCUGUUGUUGUUUUUCCCCCUGUACCUACAGCAAUAGUUGUGUAUUGACAUAUUUUAAAACUAGAUCAUUUGAGAUUAAAAGCUCCAAAUUGCUCAGGUGUGCGGUUUAGUUUGUCCCAAAUUCUUGCCCUCAUACUAUGACUGCACAGUUGAAAUGGUUCAUUGUGUGAAUUUGAAUUGACCUGCAAUAAUGGAAGGGCUGGCUGAAAAGAUUAUUCAUGAGCAAGUUUGAUAAGCACAAGGCCUUUCUCCAUUAUCUCUCAUAUUUAAAUAUAUUUAACAGUGGGAUUUUUACAAAGAUAUAAGCUCUCAGCAGAAUACUUCUUUUUUCAAUCUUGGAUUCUUCCUGGUUCCUUUGAUGGCAUCAUAGAAAGAAAUACAAUAAUAAAUAAAUACUUAAAUACAAAAUAAGUUACAAAUAACUUAAGGUCCUAAGUCUGCAUGCUGUCAACUGAUAAUUAGUAUAUUACUUAUGUGUAUCAUACAUUUUAAUAGCCCCCUUGCUUUCAGGAAGGGAGUGUGUGAAGAUACUCACAAGAUAAAGUCACAUGAACUGUGAUUAAUAUCUCAAGCAUGGGAAUUCUUUGACAAGAGGAAACUUUGGUCCAUUUUACAGAAUCAGUGAUAGGAAACUUCAUGUGAAAAUCAGCUCUCAGAAACCAUACCAAAGAUUUGUUUGCAGGGGGGCAAGAGUUCAUAUCCUUGGAUAAAAUGCAGAAUUUAAUACCAGACAUGGGCAAGCUGUCACAUAAAGUGAGCUAGAAAUCAGCACCUCUUUAACCCUUUCAAAUGCAGUCUGCGAAGGACUCCAUUUAGUUUUGUACUUCCAGCGAGUAGCAGUCUGCUGAGCAUGAAUUGCCUAAGUAUUCACUUCUAUGCACAUCCCCAUGGCCUUAUCAAGAGGGAAGUUUUUUUGCACUGUCAAGUUUACCAAAAUACUGUUCCACUUUACUGUUGGAGCCUGCCAUUCAAGUUUUGAGGAAUUAAUGUAUCAGGAGUUACAGAAAAGCCAUUGAAAUGCAAUAAUUUACAAGUCAUAUAAAUAUAUAUACAAGUAAUGAAUAAAGAUGAAAGAAAACAAAGUUUUCUAGUCUUUAAACUUUCUGUGAUACAUUUCAUUUUGCAUGUUCUACCUGAUAUUUUAACUGUUUUUGUUGCAAUACUUCUAAAUUGAUGACCCAGAAAUCAUGUUUUACAGUAAUUUUUGUUUUCAUAGGUACAGUAAGCAACAUUCCAUAUUGUUUUUUGCUUACAUUUGAUUUACCAGUCUUGAAUUUCUGCUGAAACAAAAUAUUUGUAGCAUUUCCUGUAAAUACCAGCUUUAAUUUGUUUGAUUUCCCCCCCUCCCAUUGCUGUUGCCUAAGAUUUGCUUUUCAUGCACAUAUUGUACAAACACAUUCUUUUUUGUGAUUGUGGAAGGGUUUACUUUAUCUUCAAAGGGACUAUUUGUAUUGUAUGUUGCAACUGUAAAUGGAAUUCGUUUGACAUUCUCUCAUGAUUGUAAUAUUAAUUUUGAGGUUUGAAUCUCAUUUUCAAUAAAA